GGUUUUUUCCUCUUCUUUUUUUUUUUUUUUUUUUUUUUUGGAGAACCAAAAAAUGUCAACUACCUUUCCAGGUCUCGUCCACGAUGCAGAGGUAUUUUGUGUGUGUGAGUGUGUGUCUGUGUGUGUGUGGAUGUGUGUGUGUGUGCGCGCGUGUGUGUGGAUGUGUGUGUGCAUCUGUGUGUGUGUGUAUGUGCCUGUGUGGUUGUUUCCAUUUUUUUAAAAUCCAUAUUGGACCGUUACGUUUAAUUAUAAUCCGGCUUCAGAGAUAACUUAAAGAAGUAUAGAGAGAAAAUUCGUUAUGACAUCUGUCGCCAGCAAGGGCAACUCAUUACCACGUUAAAACCGUUGCCAGAACGAAAAUCAGAAUAAUACCCCUAAUAAUAUAAUGAAGUGGAGAGAAAUCACCACCAGCUCGCCAGGAAUGGGGAGUUCUCGCUAAAAAGCAGGACUCUCCUUUCUUUCGAAACGCAGGGAAAAGAGGGGGGGAAUUUUGGAUCUGAUUCGUUAUUUUAAAAAGAAAGAAAAAUAGGGGUUCAAAAAAAAAAAAAAAAAAGAAGGGAAGGAAGGAAGGAAGAAAGGAAGGAAGGCAAGCAGGCGGCAAAGCUUUCUCAAUGUGUAACGCUGUAACAUAGGGACGGGACUUGUGUGUAUUCUCGGUAGUUUCCUCUGUUUGAUGACUUUUUUUUGUGUCAGCCCCAGAUAUUACAGCUGUGAUCAGGAGGUGGAUGGAUAGAUGGAUAGAUAGAUGAAUGAAUAGAUGGAUAGAUAGAUAGAUAGAUAGAUAGAUAGAUAGAUAGAUAGAUAGAUAGUUUUUAUUUCAGUGCGUGGAUUCCUUUCGCUUGACAGUAUUAAGGGCAGUCUGGGCUGUUUAUGAUUUUUUGAACAGACCUUUAUGGCACCAGCCCAAGGUAGGAAAGGAUCUUUUGUUGCUGGGGUUGCCGCUCGCAGGCUUAGACGCUUCUGCAGGGGGAGAAGCUAUGCAGGACAGCGUGCUUGGAAGAACCGUACCCGGGGUUUUCAAUGACAAACCUCCAGUUUUGGGGUCUUCUUUUCACUUCUUCCUUUCAGAUACGUCAUGACGGAUCAAACAGUUACCGUUUGAUGCAGCUUGGAUGCCUGGAGUCUGUGGCCAACUCGACCGUCGCCUAUUCCUCCUCAUCUCCUCUCACUUAUUCUACCACGGGCACCGAGUUCGCCUCCCCGUACUUCUCCACUAACCACCAGUACACCCCACUGCACCACCAGUCCUUCCACUACGAGUUCCAACACAGCCACCCGGCAGUCAACCCCGACGCUUACUCCUUGAACUCUCUCCACCACUCCCAGCAAUAUUACCAGCAGAUCCACCAUGGAGAACCCACUGAUUUUAUCAACCUGCACAAUGCGCGGGCACUCAAGUCCUCCUGCUUGGACGAGCAGAGGAGAGAGCUGGGGUGCUUAGAUGCUUACCGCCGCCACGACCUGUCUCUUAUGAGCCAUGGAUCCCAAUAUGGGAUGCAUCCAGAUCAAAGACUCCUGCCAGGACCAAGCCUCGGGCUUGCAGCCUCGGGAGCAGACGAUUUGCAGAGCUCAGUGGAGGCCCAGUGUGGACUGGUACUCAACGGGCAAGGAGGUGUGAUAAGAAGAGGUGGCACCUGUGUUGUCAACCCCACCGACCUGUUCUGCUCUGUUCCUGGUCGCUUGUCUCUGCUCAGCUCCACUUCCAAGUACAAAGUGACCAUCGCAGAGGUGAAGAGGCGCCUGUCACCACCAGAGUGCCUCAACGCCUCCCUCCUCGGAGGUAUUUUGAGAAGAGCAAAAUCCAAGAACGGAGGACGCUGCUUGCGAGAAAAAUUAGACAGACUUGGACUAAAUUUGCCUGCAGGAAGAAGAAAAGCAGCAAAUGUCACACUCCUGACUUCCCUGGUAGAAGGGGAAGCACUACAUUUGGCCAGAGAUUUCGGCUACACCUGUGAAACAGAGUUCCCUGCCAAGGCAGUAGGAGAGCACAUUGCCAGACAGCACAUGGAACAGAAAGAGCAGACAGCGAGGAAAAAGAUGAUCCUAGCGACGAAACAAAUAUGUAAAGAAUUCCAAGACCUCCUAAGUCAAGACAGAUCACCCCUCGGAUCCUCCAGACCGACUCCAAUAUUAGACCUCGACAUCCAGAGACAUUUAACACAUUUCAGUUUGAUCACUCAUGGUUUUGGAACUCCUGCAAUAUGUGCUGCCCUAAGCACUUUCCAAACUGUUCUCAGUGAAAUGCUGAACUACUUGGAAAAGCACACAUCGCACAAAAACGGAGGAGCGGCAGAAUCCGGCCAAGGACACGCCAACUCGGAGAAAGCCCCCCUGCGGAAAACUUCAGAGGCUGCUGUGAAAGAGGGCAAAACAGAAAAGACAGACUAGCUACAUCAAACAGAAUCUAUUUCGAGAGAGUCUUGCUGCUGAUAUUUUUUUUAAAUAUAUAUAUCAUUGAGGGCAAUUUAUCUCCAGUGGACCAAAUCCAGAAAAAAAAAAAGGGGAGGGAAAAAAGAAAAAAAAAUAGUAAAAAGAAAAUAAAAAGAAAAUAAAAAAGAAAGAUUAAAACAGAGAGAGAGCGUGAGAGAGGAAAGUAUUCAACCCUAAGAACAGCAGUGUACAGUAAUUGUGUGAUGAAAUUGUCACUUUUUUAAAAUUUAUGUUGCUCUAAACUGCUUUUUUGUGCACGUAGUAUUUGAUUGUUCUGAAUGAUACACUAACACUGUUUUUUAUAAGCACUUCUGGACUUGGCUGAGGCGGCACAUGAAAUUUGAAGCACUUUCUUCUCCGGCAGCAGAGUUGGGGUCAGUGCAUCUGUUGUGGGACACAUAGUUCCAGCAUCCUGACUUUGCUCUCAUGCUGGAUAGAUUGAAAGAAAGGCUUCCUCUGGUCCAUUGGAAACGCCUGAUUACUCACCAUUGGGAAAACAAUAUGGAAAUCUGGCAAAAGAGGAAUUCUUGGGUCAUGGGACAAAUGAACCAUCCUGUACAUGGGAAUGCACAAUAAAACUGCAAUGGAAUGAGGCCAGAACCUGUUGGGAAUCUAUCCUGACCAUUCAAGCUGCAGCCAUGGUCUCUCUUCUGAAAAGAGCAUGGCAGACUAAAAGGAAAACAAACCUUGAUAGUCUCAGUAAAAGCCCUGAUCCCUCUGUGAACUUCAGUUUAAAUGACAGCAUGGGCUUCUGUUCUCUAUUUUCUCAGCCCCUGGUCCCACAGCACUCUGCCAUACCUGGAUCUCUGUUCAACACAGUCAGUGCAGGCAAUUUGAGUCACCUUUUCUGUUGCCUUGAUUUUAUGAUGCUUUCUUUUCUUCAACAGCUUGUUUCUGCAGCUUUAUUGUCUUUAUAAAUCCAGCUGAGGCGCAGAGGUCUAACAGAAUCCACUCACUGGAAAUAAAAUAAAAACAAACAACAAAUAAGACAGAUUGGCUUAGUCCACAGCAGCUGAGUGGUAAUAACCUUGCUAACAUACUUUUGAAAUAUUACUUUACCACCUAGCACACAAUGCUCAGGCAGAAAACAUGGGAGGUAUAGUUAGAGCUCAAGAAUCGUUGAGUCUAGGGACUUUUUCCAGCACAUUCUAACUCCUUCUUCAACAAGACCUUUAUUCCAUUCUUUUUCUUGUUUCUCUAACAUCACUUUAUUGAGAAAGUUAAGAACGAGUAGUAUCAUUGGGAGGGCUUGGUGUUGCCCAUCUAAAUUCUACUUCAGAUCAGCAGAACCAGACCUUUUCUUCCAAGGGACAAUUCAACUCUUUGUGUGGUAAGAAAAGCUAUAGUUGUCCAUGUGUAAAUGUUUAGAGCCAUUUGAGAUGUUUUAGGUAUCUAAGACAGAGUUUUGACAGUUGUAACAUGAAACCUGUAGGAAAACUGGACUCACCUGGAGGAGGAGCUGGAGAAUCCCAGAGACAGGUAGUAGAUAACUGUGGAUGGCAAAAGCUCUCACACACAUUUUUACUUCCUAGAAGUUGUUAGCAUGGGUUACACCUUGGAUGAUCAGUUUAGACUAAAUCUAGGUACUGCAACAAAUAGCUGCAGUGUUUAGAGCCAGAUGCAAGGAAUCAAACUGAAUUAACAAAAUCAGCCUCACCUUUCAAAUCAUGGAAGGCAAUAGAGUGAUGAUGGCAUGAUGCUGCUCCUCUCAAGGUCACUAAGGACAUUGCCAUCACCAUGAGAAAACACUUUAGAAAGUAAGGAGUCCCUGAUUGAUUAUUUAAAGAAAUCUGGAAAAAAAAUCCUAUGCUUUUGCCCAGAGUUGUCCUUGCUCAGGGCAGGUGUAUAAGUCAGAUAUCUGCUUUAGUGCUAUCACCCUCCUGCAUCAAGGGAAACAGGUGUAUCUCCAUGGGACUCCAUCACCUUAACACACCAAGAUCAGAUAAGUACCUCAAAAAAUUUAACUUUAUUAAAUUAAUUUAAUGAAUUUGUACUGGUACUUCUCGUGAAAUGCUAAAAUCAAAUGAACAGAGAUGUCCUCAGCAGAAACACUGUGGAACUUUCCUAGAACAUUAAAUACUUGAGUGUGAAAGUACGUAACCACGAUUAAAAGUGAAAAGGAAAGUCAUUCUGCUUUUUCUAUUGCCCAGACUGAGGGAGAGGAAACGGAAAAAUUAAAAGUUUCACUGCAUCGAAUAUGCAGAUUUGCCACAUCUGUAAAAUAUGUGCUGUAAAGCAAUUUAAUUUGAACCUCUAUUUCAAGAUGUGGAUAAAUUUAAAUUGGAUUUUAUUUGGGCAAAAAUAUAAGUAAAAUGUUUUUAAAAUUAUCUUCAUUUUUUUCCACUAAAAUAUAAACUUUUUGGAAAAGGAGGAAUAAAAGGUUGGGCAAAUAAAUCUAUGAACCUGUUGGGAAAGCAGCAUUUUAUUACCAUCAAAUCAAAAUGCUUAACAUUGCAAAUAAUAUGUAUACAGCCUUAUAUGAAAUAUUUGCCUAAUCAGGAUAUGGUCCAAGGCCCCAAUAAUAAUUUGUUUCAAGACUUGUGUCUCUCACUGUUACAUAAUCAUUAUGAGUGUCUGCUCCGCAGGCAACAGGUUAUUUUUGGCCUGGAUUACCCUUUGAUCUUUUAAUAAAUCUGAGCCCACUUCAAGCCCCGGAACUUCCAGUUUUUGUCUUAAUGACCCCUGUAUAUUUUUGUUAAUGGUCUAUACAAAUCUGAUUCUACCUGAUUGAACUGCUAUAUGUUCUUACCAUUAAGAAGUUGUUUCUAUUUCCAUGGCAAGCAUCUAUUUUUUCCCUUAGUGCAUUAGCACAUUUUAAAAGCAAAGCUCUUUUUAAAAUGUGGCUACAAGUUUGCUGACAUUGGCAGGCUCUCUAUUUUUUCUUUUUAAUUGCACUUAAUUUUAUUGAGCAGACAAUAAUUAUCACUGCCUUUUCUGCUGAACUAGCUAUUGGAGCAGCUUGGUGUCAAAAUACCUUUCGUUUUUGAUAUCGAUACUUUCAGUGAGGUUUUAAGCAAUGAAUUCACUGAUGUUCCUGUUAAAAUCUCAGCCUAGGUUCCCACUUACAUUCCCGUGCUGUCCAUGGCAACAUGCCCAUGUUCCCAUGUGGUAAGUUUAGGGGUUUUAUUGUUUUCUUAGUCCCUGUCUCUGUGGAAACAUUGCCAUCUCAAAACACAUUGAUUACCUAGAUAAACCUGAAGGAAGUUCAUGAUUUGAAGUUAGUUGGUGCUCUCUGGUGUCAGAUUGAAGUAUACUUUGACUUGGAAAUUUAUCUAAUCAGAAAAAAGAAAAAAAAAAUCUUCCUUUAAGAGAUUAUGGAAGUGUUUAUUCAAUGUCAAAACCAUUAAAGGAGUAGAGAAAAAUCUCCAAUAUUUCAUGGCCAGGACAAUGACUCAUUAUGACUGUUGGACCCCAAAAAUUGAAUCAUAACCCAAGUGCUCUUUGAGCAGUUGGAUCCUGUUGUGCUUCAGCACAUUGCUCAGCUCUUGUGCGAGUUACACCUCUCCCACCACCAAUCUCAAAACAUUUUAACAUUGAACUUACUCCUUAUCCUAAAUCCUGGCACAUUUGGCUCACAAAGCGCAGCUUUUGACUCUUGGAUUUAUUAGCAAAUUGCUAAUGGUGCAAACACACUAACUACAAAUUUAUUUUUCUAGAGCAAGGUGUUACUCACUAUGAGUACAAACAGCUCCUGUGCUGACUAAGCUUAGCAGGUGAGUCUGGCAGAGUAGGAGCAGCAUUCCCACCUUUGCCCUGAGGUUUGGUUCUCUGUUCACACAGCCCUCACUUAGCACCCCUACACGACAAGAGGUAAUGUAGUAAAGAGAGAAUUUUAUCAGAAGAUGAGAACUGGAACAGAGCUCAUGUGGCCUGUUAAGGGGAGGGAACCACAGACAAGCAGUGAUGACUCUGCCACCUACAACUGAAGACUGUCAAGAACUUUGUCCUUCGUGCUGCCAUCUUUAACCCUAACUCCUUCUAGGUGUCAUUCUGUUGCCUUGGAGAACUGGCAGAAGGGGUGAAUUUAGACCUUUCAUUUGCUUCCUUUUUAAAGAUAAAUGCCAACAUUUGUUGGGAAAAGACUUCAGCUCUCCAAAUCAACAUGGAAUCUGCUCUUUGAAGUUUCUCUUUGACUUUUCCUAAAACCAGAAAAAUCUGCUACAAAGCAGGCACAAUGUAUAGUCCUUCCAAAUCCUGGACCUCUGUGUAAAUAUUUCCCCAGUUCAUCUCUUCCUUUGGACGUGACUCAGUGGCACAGGCGCAGCUCACAAUUUUGCAGCCAGGCUCAAGAUGGGAUGUUUAUUGUCCCAAGAGCCAGUUUUAACUUUACAAUCUCUAACUGCUAUUUUUUGUUUGUUUGUUUGUUUCCUAAUACCAACAAGCAAUUUUGGUCUUAGAUGUCUUAGGUAUCCAAAAGGGGUGCUGGUGAAUUUCAAGGUAAUUUGACUUUCAUUUAUCCUUUGGAGAAAUUGUUCUGCUGCUCUGAUUCUUUAUUUCUAAGGACGAGAAGAAACAGCAUUAGUAGAAGACACAAGCCUGCAACACAAGGAAGAAUCAAUAAAUUAUACAGGAACUGUGUUUAUAAAAGUAUCCUUUGCCUCUGCCCUCAUUUCAGGUUUAACAAGAAUUCACAUACAGCUGUGUGGGGAAUGAGGGAGGAAGAUAAAGUCAUUUUCCUUUGCCAGGUGAAGGUCGCUUGGAGAGGUCUAAUCUUUUUUAUUGCUAUUCUUUACUUUUCUUUAUUUUGUACAAUUAAUUCUGUUCUGUACAGCAGCUGUUGUGAUUGUAUUUAAAUGUGAGUGCGCACUUGGUCACCAACAAACAAUGUCCUAUUUAUUGCUUUGGAGUUUUGGUUUGGUUUUUUCCUUCCAUUUAAUUUAAUUUAUAAUUCAGUGGUGAAAAGCAUAAUCUUUUAUAUUUCUAUUUCCUAUACAAGCUACCUGUUUUACAUGAGUCUAUGAAGAUAAUGACCACAUUUGAUCAAACAUUUCACGGCAAUAAAAUCUAUGUUGAUUUAACCCUGA